CUGCACGCGCUACCUCCGCCUCGGGCUGAGAACUUGGCCAAUAAACAAUUGAAAAUUCGCGAAUGAAGAGUGGAAUAAGCAAAGACUGUAGCAGUAUACAAAAAGCCUGUUGAAUAUGUUUAAUUGAGACGCUGUUAUAACAAAGUGACUUUAAUAAAAAUUCUCAAACAUGAGCCCAAAGUUACAUGAGUUCGCUGUGGUGCUUCAGCGUGAUGGUCAGGGCACCCCAUGGGGCAUACGUUUGGUUGGUGGCAACGAUUUGGAUACACCGUUAAUCAUAACCAGGGUGCAACUUGGCAGCCCAUCGUAUGGGGAGCUGUUGCGUGGCGAUAUCAUAGCCAAGAUCGGCGAAUACGAUGCACGCGACUUGAGUCACGCCGAUGCUCAGCAGCUGUUUCGCGGAGCUGGCAACGAGAUUUCACUGGUGGUGCAUAGGGACAACAAUAUCGCGUAUACGCAGGGCGUUAACCAGGAGGGCAAUUCGCGCUGCAAUUCAACCUUGCCGCCGGCCAGUCCGGAGCCAUCUCAUCAUCCGCAUCGCGGUCCCACUCCUUUCCUACCCGGACCCAGUCAUUUUGAGCGUGCCUUGCAGUUGCCUGUUGACACUUUGCCGCAAACCGUGUUUCCGCAACUAAAUGCAUCGGGCGGUUAUGUGGCAUCAUCGGAUGUCUUUGCCCCAAAAGCGACGCGUGAUCAUCAACAGGAUGUUGCCGAGGAAUAUGCAGCUAUUAUUAAUCAGCCAUACCGAACAACUCCACUGGUGCUGCCCGGUGCCAAAGUGAAAAAGGAUGCGCCCACCACAGAGUCCUACUUGAGACACUACCCAAAUCCUGCUGUGCGCGCCCAUCCCGGACACGACUACCAUGACAGUAUCAUGAAGCAACGCGUGGCCGAUACCAUGUUGCACAAGGUUGUUGGACAGGAUGCCGAUACUGGCAGAGUUUUCCACAAGCAAUUCAACUCGCCAAUUGGUCUGUACUCAAACCACAACAUUGAGGACACCAUCAGAACUACAGUUCCCUUUGCCACAAGCGAUAGCUAUCGCUUGAAGGAAAGUCCUUUGCAUCGUCCUAUGCCAACAAAACUUGACGGUUAUAAGAAAACUGUUGUUUACGAUCCAAGGAAUAGCGACACCUACAGAGCCAUUCAAGAAGAGGGCGGCUACAGCAGCUAUGGUCAAUCUUCGCCACAGGAAGUAACCAUACCUGUGCAGACUAAGGUCUAUCAACCAAAUAGAUUGGUUCCAGGAAAGAAACCAGUAUCAGCGCCAGUAUCCCGGCCGCCGUACAAUGUGGUAAACACCCACGAUGAAAACAUUCGCCAGAGCGGCUCUUUCAAUCGUCUAAUGUACAGCGUUAUUGGUGCAACUGACUAUUAAAAAAUUAGCAACAACAACAGCAGCAGCAACAACAACAACAUCAACAGUAACAGCAGGAAGCGAGCAGCCAGCGAAUACCAACAAUAACAUCAGUUGCUAGUUAAGAGUUACUUAACCAAUUUAGUGGAUUUUUAUGAAAUUCUGUUUAACUUAUUGAAUAAUUUAUAUAAAGAACGACAAAAUAUGCAACUAACAAAACCCUAAAAUAUUACGAAUCGGCUCAGAAAUUGAUUGGAGAUGAAAUAAAUUUAAUAUAUUUAAAAAAAAAAACUGUCAUAGCUGAGUUAAUUGUUUUCAAUAGUCUCCAAAAACAUACAAAAUUUUUGUUGAAGAUUUUACCAUUUAUGUUGAUUUUAAGAUAACAGCGACUAUGCGAGUUGUUAACAGAGAGUGGUUCUAGUCAUCCUAUUGUAUAAAAUAAAAAAAAAAAAACUUUAAUUUUUUAAUGCAAUAAACAAUAAAAUUAUAAUACACAAUA